AUGGGGUACAGGCAGUUGGCGGCGGUGACAAAGAUGCUGCAGGACGGCCCGUCUCUUGGGCGGUGGGGUGGGAGCGAGGUUCCCGGAAACGCGCCCCGAUUCAGCUUAAUUGCGCGCGGCGUGGAAGGAAGAGCUACCUGGUGGGUCUUCUGCAUUCCUGGAAGCGCCGCGAAUAGAGCAUUGGUUCGCCUCCGUAAAGAAGUGGAGCACCUCGAUACGGGGGACAGAUUCCAGAAGAAUUCCGGUUCAGAGGAAACUUUGAAAUGUUACGUGAACAGAAUAUGUAAGUUCGCCCUUAGAGAAUCCACUGCAGCAGAUGCUUCAAAUCAGAGGAUUCUCUGCAAUAUAGCGUAGUUACAAAAUAACUAGAAAUUAUUUUAACAUUGUGAAAAAGGAUGUUGCAUAUUUCAAGAUGCCAAACUAAUUUGGGUAAUUUAAAAAAUAUUUUGAGUAAAUUGAAUUUCCGUGUUUACAUUGUAAGUGAUAAUUGUUUUCGUUUUGAGAUUGAAAAGUUGAAGCAUUAAGAAAUUUGAAACUACACUAAAGGAAUUUUAUGUACAUGGUGCAACAGUUUCCGAUUUUUAUAAAUGGUUUUAAAAAGAUUUAAAUGCAUAAAUUUGUGAUUUAGGAAUUUUGUGAACUUUUCAAAAUUGUAUGAAAAUGUGUAUUGUGUAAUAAAAAUAUUGUAAAACAGUGAAGAAAGUUCGUUUACAAUUUUUGUGAAAAAAAA